AACGCUGGGUGGAACGAACCACUCCUUUCCCAUCCAUCGUACAGCAUCCGCGACAUCCGAAGUCGACAGACAGAGGUGCGGCUGCUGAGACUAGUUCCAAGUUUCGGUGCCAGUUCUGGGAGGCGGACAACCGGUGGGACGGCGACCACCGUUAGGACAUUGCUAAAUUUAUGGCUCCGGCUAACGACAGCUGACAGUGGAGGCAAUAAUUUGUAAAACGUCCAUUGCGAACCGGUGGAGUGAAACUCGCCAGCAGUAGUGCUCGUUGACUGCAGUUCAGCAACGAUUUGCCCCGUCUGGUGACGACCGGCCGGCAACACCAGCAGGACCGGUCAUCACAAUAGCUCCGUGCUGCUGCGGACGACGACGACUGUAGCAUUCAGAGCAAAGCAGCCAAGCGAACGAGGGAAGAAACUUUUUAAUGGAAACGCCAAGUGCAACUUUAUCGUUCAACUAUGUUUAAUCGCCAAAAUGAUACAGUUCUGCUUAACAGUGCUCCUACUUCUCGUCUCACCGGUGCUCAGUGUUGACUGGACGGCGAGCUGUCCGGCCAGCUGCAUCUGCAAGUGGUCCAGUGGCAAGAAAUCGGCCCUCUGCAACAACCUCACCAUCUCAUCGAUUCCGUCGAACCUAUCCACGGAGCUGCAGGUACUGGUGCUGAACGAUAACAACAUAGCGUACCUCAACCGGGAGGAGUUCACCGGCCUGGGCUUGGUCAACCUGCAGAAGAUCCAUCUGAAACAUUCCCGCGUGAAGUACGUUCACCGGGAGGCGUUCACCAAUCUGAAGAUUCUGAUCGAGGUGGACCUGAGUGAGAAUGAGAUCGAAUCGCUGGACAAGCAAACGUUCGCCGGUAACAAUCGGCUAAGGAUAAUCUAUUUGUACAGUAAUCCGCUGAAGCACUUGGUGCCGGAUCAGUUUCCGGUGCUGCCGUACUUGAGGAACAUCGAUCUUCACAACUGUCAGCUGAAUAGCAUUGCCGAAACGGCGUUUUCAAAUUUGGAGCUCUUAGAGUUUCUGGAUUUGACGAAGAAUCAACUGGAAUUCUUGCCGCACUACGUGUUCAACCAUAUGAAGAACCUUAAGACGUUACUGCUGGAGGAGAAUCCCUGGAACUGCGACUGCCAUUUGCGGGACUUCCGAGGAUGGUACAUGAACAAUUCAUUAAACAGGAAGAGCUUACAGUGCCAUCGGCCGUUCAGUUUGAAAGGGCUUGCGUGGGAAUCGGUGGAAACGGACCAAUUUGGGUGUGUUCCGCACGUGGAAGUGUUCCGAGAUAAUGCGGACGACAUUGAGGAUUUGGGAGCGAACAUCACCUACCGCUGUAUGGUGUUUGGCGAUCCGGAGCCAUCGGCGACGUGGGACCUCAACGGGAAGAUUGUGGACCAGGAACUGGUGGAGACUGAGCGCGUGACGAGGAUCGGCGAGCAAACGAUAGUGUGGAGCAACCUGACGAUACUGAACAUCACCAGCAAUGACUCGGGGUACUACACGUGCACCGCCAGCAAUAAAAUCGGGUUCGAAAGUAAGAACUUCAGUCUGAUUCUGCCGGAGGUGGUGGAGCGAGUGAUUAUUAAAACACCGGAGACAUUCUGGUACUUUGGAUUGAUACUGGGAAUAUUUGGCACGAUAUUUGGGUUGCUUUCGUUGUCGGUAGUGAUUUGUCUGUGCAAGAGGAAGUUUCGAACGAGGCGGAGAAAGAAGAAUAUCAAAAGUAGUGUAAGUUUCAACGACCAAGAGAAGAAACUGCUCGAUUUGAGUAUAACGACCAACGAGCGACAAGAGUUCAGCGCGAGUGACGUGAUGACGCCCUCGACGAAGACGGAUUCCACGAUAGCGAUGGAACCGGUUCAGAUAACCAUCGAAUCGAUAGCAGCCAAACGGGAGGAAUUUCCGUUGAAUGUGGGAGUAUUUCCGCCGCCACCGGAGUUCUGCUCCCAGAUGGUCCCAAAUCCUGCGUACGGAAAUAUCUUUAUUUCCGUGUCGGUGACGCAGGAUGCAUUGGACAAUCCCGAUCUGAACAUGUAUCCCGACUUACUGAACAUUCCAAAUCGAGCAAAAGGUAAGCUGAUUCCGGUGAAUGUGUCUUCGUACGCAACGCUACCUCGAAAGAAUCGGCCAGCGUUGACUGCGACAUCCUCCAGCUGUAGUAGUCAGCCGCCCUCGCUAACGGCGGUUCCACCACCAACCAUCCCCACGCAACAUCCCACCGCGUCGACCAGUGGUGUGAUAGCGCCGGUAGAAGCUCUCCAACUGCAGGACAGUAUUGUCAAUUACUCGAACAUCGAAGAGUCAUGCGAAAUCACCAGCCUCAACAGCAAUCCAGCUUCCAUGUGCCAGGAGUGCAGCAAGUUGAUCAACUCCGGCAAAAUGAACGUCCGAUUCAGUAAAGCAGAGCUGGUCAACAGGUGUGAGAACAGUUUCCCAUGUUUGAAAUACGACAACAUGGGUCGAAGGUAUACGGCAAGUGGCAACUCCACACUCUCCUUGCCCGAGGAGGACCAUCAGGUUGUGCUGGAACAGGAAAGUAUAUUCAUCAAGCAGGAAAUUGAACCAAUCAAGGAAAUUCCCACACCUCCACUAGCGCCGGCGACACCCAUUGGCCCGGGACCAUCCGGACUGGGACCGGCCGCUGUGUUCGUGACAGGAAACGAUUUUGUCUCGCUGUAGUGCCCCUCCCAAAUCCAAGCGAUAGUACAAACUUCAACAUUCCCUCAGAGCCCAUCCUCCCAAUAUGCGUACGCAUGGAUCCUAAGUUGACAAUUGACGAAAUCGGUGAAACAAAGACACAAAACAGACACAUUCCGUAGAUGGACUUUGCCUGAGAAGCGGCCGCCUGUUCUAUAGAUGCAGCAGAC